GACGCAUGUUGGUGCCAUCUCGCCUGAAAAUCACUAAUGGACCACAAUUCUGACCGGUCCACAAUGUACAGCUAGCUCCUUCCCUACAUAAAGAUUCGUCCUGCUAAAUGUCCAUGAAAGCAUUACACCAAGCAAUCUCAAACGAGACAAGGCAAUCAUGGAGCUGACGCGUCCUCACGAUUCCGUGGCUAUGCUCCUCGCCGUCCUCGUCGUCUCGGCGGCCGUGGCGCGCUCCGGCGGCGCCCUCUGCGACAAGUCCGACAAGGCAGCCUUGCUCGCGGUGAAGUCGGCGCUGGGCAACCCUCCGGCGCUCUCCGGCUGGAAUUCCACCGUCGCCUGCUGCUCCUGGGAGGGCAUCUCCUGCAACGCCACCACGGGGCGCGUCACCGAGCUGACCGUCUUCGCGCUCAACCUCUCGGCGCCUGUGCCCGCCGCCAUCGCCAACCUCACCGCGCUGCAGAGCGUCAACCUCGCCUACAACCAGCUCUACGGCAGCAUCCCGGCGUUCCUGGGCCCGCGCGCGCUCCCCGACCUCACCUUCCUCCGCCUCGACGGCAACCGCCUCACCGGCGCCAUCCCGCCCACGGCGACCGUCUUCGACCUCAGCCUCGUCGGUAACCUCCUCACGGGCCCGCUCCCGGCCACCUUCGGCGGCGCCAGCUUCGGCGACGUGGACCUCGCCGACAACCAGCUGACGGGCGACGCGUCCAUGCUGUUCGGCGCCAAGAAGCAGCUCAACGCGCUGCACCUGUCGCGCAACCGGUUCAGGUUCGACCUCGGCGGCGUGGAGCUGCCGGAGGCGAUGGACAUCCUGGAGAUCGACCACAACUUGGUGUACGGGAGCAUCCCGGCGGCGGCGGCGGCGAGGAAGUGGCUGGCGUUCGACGUGAGCUACAACCAGCUGUGCGGGCCCAUACCGCAGGGGCGGUACACGCAUCGGUUCGGGGCCAAGCACUUCGCCGGCAACAAGUGCCUCUGCGACCGCCCGCUCCCACCGUGCACCUAGUUGGCUUCAACACAUAGCCGACCAGUGAUGAUUUACUCGUUUUGUAAGCCGCAACCGAGCCAUUAGAAGAUUAUUAUUGGAUUAUCUAUAAUUGUACUCGAUCUUCCCUUCUGAUCAAUUCGUACUUAUUCACUUCAGUUGGCAACUGUUAUGUGGCCAAAACUGGCCGCUGGCAUUACUAGUCAGUAAAGCUCUCCCUGUGUCUACGAAAAAGGACAUGGGCAAUGUGUUUUUAUUUCAAAAAA